AUGCCCGAGAAAGUCCGUAUUGUCUUCGCUGAUUCUGACGACGAAAAAGGCGUGCCCAAAACGGCCACACCAGCACCUAUCGAAGAACCGGUGCGAAAGAAGAAUCGAAACAAGAAGAGGAAGCGCGACGAGCCCGAGACCAAUGGCGCUGCUCAAGAGAAAUCAAGUGAAGCCCCUGAGCCCGUGCAGGUAGAAAAGGUUGAUCCUGCACCAGAAAAGCCAGAAGAGACACCCCGAGCAAACGGUGCACCGUCGAAACCAAAACCGAAACACAAGUCCAAAUCUCUUACCGACACAAAAACCAACUUCACAUCUUUACGAGACAAAGCCAAGGCUCUCCUCGAGACCCGGCGCAAGCUACCCAUCUUCGGAAAUGUCGAUGAGAUCCGGAACUACCUCCGCGAACAAGAUGUGAUGCUGCUGGUUGGUGAAACCGGUAGCGGAAAGAGUACCCAGAUCCCGCAGUUCCUGGUGGACGAAUUUUGGUGCCGGCCUGUGCCAACAAAAAUCACACGCAAUGGCAAGACAGAGAAGAAGCAGAUUGGAGGCUGCAUUGCUAUCACACAGCCUCGUCGAGUUGCUGCAAUCUCGCUGGCCCGGCGUGUAGCUGAAGAAAUGGGCACACCACUUGGAAAUCACUCGCCUGCUAGUAAGGUCGGCUACUCUGUGCGAUUCGAUACGUCGACAUCGCCUAGUACCCGGGUAAAGUUUCUGACAGAAGGAAUGUUGCUCCAGGAGAUGCUUCAUGAUCCAUUCUUGACCAAAUACAGCGCUAUUGUUGUGGAUGAGGUUCACGAACGAGGUAUCAAUGUGGAUUUGGUACUUGGAUUCUUGCGCAAUCUUGUCGCUAGCAAGUUUGAAGGUCGUGGUGGUGUUCCACUCAAGGUGGUGGUUAUGAGUGCUACAGCGGAUAUGGAGAGUCUAACUGGCUUCUUCCAGGAUGGAUAUAAAUCCCUGGAGCCAGCACCGAAGUCCAUCGAGAACGGUGUCGAUGCCGACAGAAUGGAUAAAUCGGACUCGAAGGAAAUUGCUGCCUGCCAUAUCAAGGGUCGACAAUUCCCUGUCAAGACGAUUUAUUCGCCCCAGCCAGUGCAUGAUUUUGUAGAUGCGGCUCUCAAGGUCAUCUUCCAGAUUCAUUGCAAGGAGCCGAUGCCUGGUGAUAUCUUGGUUUUCUUGACUGGCCAGGAGACUGUUGAGGCCUUGGAACACUUGGUUAAUGAGUAUGCUAUGGGUAUGGACCCGUCACUCCCCAAGAUUCAGGUUCUUCCCCUGUUCGCUGCAUUGCCACAAGCUGCUCAGCAACGAGUGUUUAUGCCAGCUCCACCACGUACACGUAAGGUUGUGUUGUCUACCAACAUUGCUGAAACUUCAGUUACUGUUUCUGGUGUGCGGUACGUUGUUGACUGUGGCAAGGCCAAAGUCAAGCAGUUCCGUACUCGACUUGGUUUGGAUUCGCUCCUUGUCAAGCCUAUCUCAAAGUCAGCCGCCAUCCAGCGGAAGGGUCGUGCCGGUCGUGAAGCCCCUGGACAAUGCUUCCGGCUAUACACAGAGAAGGACUAUCUCGCCUUGGACGAGACGAAUACCCCCGAGAUCCUCCGCUGCGAUCUGAGCCAAGCGCUACUGAACAUGAAGGCGCGUGGUGUUGAUGACAUCGUUGGAUUCCCAUUCCUCACCCGGCCACCCCGUGAAGCUCUCGAGAAGGCCCUUCUCCAGCUUCUCAAUAUCGAGGCCUUGGGUGAGACGGGUCAGAUCAGUGAUGUUGGUCAACAAAUUGCCAAGCUGCCCUUGACACCAACACUGGGUCGUGUCCUAUUAGCAGCAGCUGAGAAUGGACCAGAAUGCUUGAUUGAUGUCAUUGAUAUCAUUUCUUGUCUCAGCGUAGAGAACAUCUUCCUCAACACCACCUCCGAGGAAAAGAAAGAAGCCGCAGAAGCCGCACGCCGUGAUCUAUACCGCCGCGAGGGUGAUCACCUAACGAUGCUGGCAACUGUGCGCGUCUACGCCGUCGAACACUCUGACCGCAAAGCCUGGGCAGAGCGACACCUGGUGUCCCACCGAGCAAUGCAAUCCGUCAUGGACGUCCGCAAGCAACUCCGAAUGCAAUGUCGGCAAGCAAAGCUCAUCUCUGGCGAACUCUCAAACUCCGUCUCUUCACACGACCCCUCCCCCUUUCUUAUCCUCCAAAGUUUCCUCGCAGGCUUUGCAACCAACACCGCUCGCCUUGUCCCCGAUGGUAGCUACCGCACUAUCGUUGGAAACCAGACUGUCGCUAUUCACCCUUCAAGUGUGCUAUUCGGCAAGAAGGUCGAGGCGAUCAUGUACAAUGAGUUCGUGUUCACCAAUCGCAGUUAUGCUCGUGGUGUCAGUGCUGUGCAGAUGGAUUGGGUUGGUGAGGCUCUGGCUGGGAAGGAGUGA